AUGGAAAGUGAAGCCGACGAUGAUCUCGUCGCGUUCAUCGACGAGUUCUGCGCGGCUCCGCCCUCUCAGCUGCUGAACAACGAGCCGACCAAGGACAUUUCGGCGGCCAAUCUUCUUCUGUUUCGCCAUCGAGUGCUUGGUGUGUAGAACCAGUUACUUUUUUUACUCAAAGAAAAUGAACUCGUAGUGAAAAAAGAAGCGAAAAUCAGUUUUGCCAACAACUCGUUUCUAUUCCUCUUGUAAAAUUGGGUCUAACUCAUAUUUUUUCAAACUUCGACUGUUCGGAAGUCAGAAUCCGCGUUUAAAAAUCACACUCAACUAUCUCGGGCUAGGUUUCUAUGUAACCUUUUUCCAAUUUUCCGACCUUGCCCAUGAUCCCGGCUCCCAACCAGGAAGUCCAAUUGAAAAAGCGGCUGAAAAUUUUUUGGAAAUUGGCCAGAAUUUUUUUUACCCGAUAGUCAAAGACUUGACCUUCAAAAACCCCUAGUUUUUUGCGAAUUACGAACUCGAAAUAGAGAAAUUAAAUAGGCGGUUUUCAGACUUUGACACCCUUUUUUUUAUUGAAAAAGUCGAAUUUUGAUAUUUUUUUAAAUAGUUGCUUUUUUUGAAAAAAAGUCCUUUCUUUCGAAAAAUUGCUUCAAUUCAUUGAUUCGCACUUGAUUUUUUUAUCCGAUUGAGCCUUCAUUUCCUCAUGAAAAAAUUGUUUCCAAGUUGAUUUUCCUCUUCCAGGCCGACCAAAUGAGAAAGCCAAUGUGCCUACAAGCCUUUGCCCUCCAUACGGCACUCGUUUACAAGCAAAACGCUCCGCAAAGACAUCAGAAAUAUUGGAGUUUCUUCCGGAGUCUCGGACGCGCCAUGCAGAAGUACAACAACUCGACGUUGCUCAAGAAGUUGGCCCUUGUUCAGAAGGUUUUUUUGGAGUCAAAAGUGUGGAACCUGGCUUGAUCCAUCCAAAAAUGGGUCCUGACACGAUAAUAUAUGAGACAGUGCCUGGUUGGUGGAGAGCGCAGACAGCCCAUGCCCCCUUAGAGUCUCACGCUAGCCUUGAAUCGGCUAAAACACCCAUCAAUGCACUAAAAAAAUUUUUUUUUCAAUCCAUUAAUUUAUUCAAGCUGAAGAGAAACUGCGCUCUACCGCACUUUUUUUAAACCGUAGUCAUUUUCAUCUCCCAUUUAAUUCGUUGUUUUUUUCAGUUUGAAAGUUAGUUUCAAUUAGUUUUUUUAACUUAAUUUCCAACUCGUGUGGCUACAAAAGGCAGAUAAAAAGGCCAUUUCUGCUGCCUUUUUUUCGAGCCUUUCUUCUUUGGAAACUUGUAUGAUGUUCCUAUGUAAAAAUCCAUGAGAAAAAAAUGCGUAACCUAAGAUUUUUUUAAUCAUGGAAGAAGGAAAAAUAUCGAGGACUUAUUUGUUCUCAGUAUUUUACAAGAACAAAUUCAAUAAUGUUCUGAAAUAAAUAAUUUAAAAAGAAGACCUUCUUUAAAUUUAUAGUUGUUUUUUUGAAAUUAAAAAAAUUUCAACUUGUUUCCUGGAAGCAAUUUACAUUUUUAUAUUAAAGUCCUAAGAAUUUCCCAAAUAUUUCAAGUACUUGAGGAUUUUUUUAGAAAUGCGUCCCUACGGGCGGAGAAACUUACACGGUUUCGCAGAACUUCCUGCGUUAUGUCGGCUGUGCUUACAUACGACGUCUUUUUUGCUUGUCCAAGGUUAUUCGUUAAAAAUUUCUGAAGAAUUUCGGUUUCCAGAUCAAAGAGUACUGCUUGAAGACGGCUCACAGUUCGAUGGGUUAUUUGGAACUCGGCCAUUGGGUUGGUAUAAGUUAACUUUCUUGAAUAAUCGCGGGUUUGCUUGAAAUUUUCUAACCCUGGGAAGUUUUUGAAAAAGUUAGAAAAAUUUUAUGUUUCUUCGAAAAUUGAAAUAUCACAAAAAGCUUCGAUAAACAUUAAAAAAAUUCGAAAAUUUUUCAAUUAAAUGAGAAUUCAUCCAGUUAAUAUUACUAUAUUCCCUUGCUUCAAAGAAUCAUUGAAUCUUCGAAAAAAAUAAAAAUAAAAAAACAUUCUUUCUACAGUAAACUUAAUAGAAAUGGCCCCUAUAGGGGUUAGGGGAAAAAAAACCCCCCGUAGAAGCCGAAAAACUAGUCCCUCUAGUGGUGAAUUUAAGGUGGAUCCUAUAGGGGUGCAGGGUCUGACUAUUUAGCCCCUAAACCUCAAGUGGCCCCUAUAGGGCCUUCCAUUUUCAUUCAAAAACGCUUAUUUAUUCAGUUUUUCCCAUGGAAAUGCUUCUUCGGCUAGAGUUCGGUUCGCAUGUCCCCUAUAGGGGCCACUAACUGAAACCCAUAUAGAGAUCUUUUUUGCAAGCUUCAGUGGCCCCUCGAGGGGUGUUGGUAAAGUGGUUCAUUAAAAGGGACACUCCAAGCGACCUCUAUAGGGACCACUCUGGUAUUUCUAAGAAGCCUUUUCACUGAAAAAUUGUGGCGGAAAAGGGUUAAACUUUUUUUGAGGUUCUUCAAAAUAGAAAACAGCGCUCAAAAAAGUUCGAUGAAUUUUUGAAAUGAUAAAAUAAAAGUAAGAACACGUUCGAUUUCAGUUAGUAUAACUAUAUUUUUCUGUUAAAAGCUUCAAAAAAGGUCUUGCAGCGAAAGAGUGUUGCUACAGUAACCUAGACUCUUGUAAAACUUGAUAUCAACAUUUUAAAACUGAAAAUAUCGCUCAGAAAGUCUCUGAAAUCUAUUUUGUGUACCUUUCUUUCCAGCAAAACCUAACCCUGGUCAUUGUUGCCCUCUGUUCGGAAAUCCAUUCACAUGUGAGAAGGGAGGCCGAAUUUAUGGCCAAGGCUUUCCAAAGAAUCUCCAAAUACCUUGUUCAAAUUGACUCAAGGUAUACGAAAAACUGAUUAAUCUCAAAAUGAGCCCAAAAUAGGUUCCCCGAACGUCUAGAGGAGCUGGAGGUGUUCAAGAAGCUCACGGAGGAGUUGAGCUCCCAGGGAAAGUCUUUGGAAGUGGCGACGUCGCUGCUCAAGUUCUCCGAGGAGCACAUGAAGAAGGCACAGGAUCAGAUGGAGAUGGAGCAGUUCAAGUGAGGAUUUUUGAGAGGGUAAUUUGGUAUCAAAUCAAAGCUAAUGAAACAUUUUUUUAAAUCACAGCUUCUUUUUCUGAUUUAUUUCGUGCAACUUCAAUUUUUCCAGAAAAGAAAUCCUGGACGACCUCCUGAUCGAAUCGAAGCCUUCACAAGCCCUGGGAGUUGCGGUCAAACGGGAUGAACAUCCUUUUCCGAUGGAUUUCCAGUCUCCCGGAACUUCUACUCAGACUCCCAAACCUUCUAAGGAACCCCGAAAAGAAGCUCUUUCAAAAAGCAAGAAAAUCGACCUGGAUUUCUUCCUCUCCGACGAUUUCAAUUUCAAGACUCCUGGCCGUUCUGAAGAAUCAAAAGAGUCGGAUCUAUUGUCACCCAACCUUUUUGGGAAGCUUGAAGAAGAAGAAUGA